AUGUAAACGAAGUCUAAUGAUUUCCGAGUAAAAACAUCAAGACAAAUAUCUAAACGACCUUAGUAGUAGACAUUUUUGUAAGGUGUUCAAGGAGUUUCGUAACCAAGUAGAUUUUAUAUUGAAAAUUAGCAUUGAAAAAGAAACUAUCUCCAAUCAGAUUAAAUAAGUAUAAUGUAUUUAUGGAUUGUUUAAAUGACUUGACAUAACAAAAGUUUGAGAAAUGUCAAUCCAGAAUAUUAUUUUAGCAAAUUGAAGAGAAAGUUAGGAAAAAUCAAUUACUUUGCAUUUUAUUCAUUCAGAAUGUUAGUGUGUAUAAUAAAUACGAUUUACCAAACAAUAAAGUAUUUAUAUGAGUAAUCCAGAUUCCACCUAAAUUUUCUUGGGAAGCCAUCUAUCGAGGAAAGACAUUAAUUUUGACCACUCCACAUUAAUAUACAAAAACCUGUCAUGGAUUAGUUGAUUUUAUGUUUAAAUCAAAUGCCAAAUACCCAUUAAAACUAAAAUUAUUGAAGGUAAAGAAUUAUGAAGAACAAUACAUUGGAGAGAUAGAUUUGUCAGUUUCAGAUUUUGUCGAUUUUGAAGUUGUAUAAGAAUAUUAAGGAAAAAUGAUAAAGGAAACAUUUGUUUAGAAAGAAAUGUUUAAAGUAUACAAUGAUUAAUCAGCAUCAAUUGGAUAGGUUAGUUUGAAAAUCAUACAAUUUUGUUCUUCCAGUGUUCCAUCAAGUAUUAAAUUAAUUAAUUGCAGAUAAAUCAUCGAAUAUUCCAGGAUCACCAAAAACAAUAGAAUAAAGAAAGAAACAUCAACAAAUAGAGGAAGGAAAGGCAAAAGGAUUUGAUUGGGGAAGUAGUAAGGACGAAGAAAUAAUUAUCUAAUUGAUUCUAGAAUGCCAAAAAGAAAUGACAUCUAAGGUUAAACAAAAUCUUGAAGAAGUCUAAGAGAUAAUCAGAUGUAAUUAUUGGUAUAAUAAAUACUAGAGAUGGAGAAUACUCUCUGUGGAUUAUUAAAAGAAAGUUGUUUUGCUCCCGACAUUAUGGGAAGAAGAAAUGCUUUGACUAGAAUAAAGAGAAUAAGAGAAGUAUUGGAUAACCAGAUAUCUGGUCUAAUGAAGCAAUCUGAUCCUGCUUAUUUGGAAAUGCUUGUUUAAUUAAGAUUGACGACAAAAUAGGGAAGAAUUAAGAAAACAGACAUUGAAUCUGCACUCUUCCAUUUUGGUUGUGAGGCAGCUAAACUAUUAAUAUUGACAGUUGAUGAUUUUGGAAUGUGUUUAGUAGAUUAUAUGUUGGAUUCUGACUCAUUGCCAGAAAUACUAUAUUUCUUUAAUUAAUUAGGUUUAAAUGAAGAUGUCCAAUUAGAAAUAUUUGCAUAAUCAUUAUUUCAAAAUAUUAAAGAAAGACUUAGAAAGAAUCAUUACUUAAAAGCUCUAGCUUAUUUUAUUAAUGCUUUGAAUAUGUAUCCAAAUAUUGGGUUGAUCAUUGCUUAAUAUGCUAUAAAUCCUGAAAAUUCAUAAGUUUUGUCUCCUUUUCUAUUGGAAUUCAAUAUACAGGAUUAUUAACAUGUGAUAGUGUUAUCUAAAUUAAGAAAAUUAUGCAAGAAAUUCUUAAAUCCAGAAUUACCAUUUAUGUAAUCUAUGGAAGAACAGUAUCGUAAAGCAAAAUAAGAAACCUAUUUCAAAAUACCAAUUCUGCCAAAGAAAGUAGAAACAUAAGAGAAAUUUGAUUUAUUAUAAUUACCAGAAUUGUAAUAGAAUAUAUUCCAUGAAAUUGUAAGGAGAAAGAGGUGGAAUUUAUUUGCAAGAUCUUGGAAGCAAUUUGAACAAUUUGUUUAUUAACAAGAUCAUUAAGGAAUUUCUCCUAUGAUGAUGUUUUUAGAGAAUGCACCCUUAGAUUAGAUACUUACUUUAGAUUCUCUUUAAAAUCAAACUUCCUUAAGUGGUUAAACAUCUUUGCACUUUUUGAUUAUGAAUCCUGAUUUAUCAGUUAAUUCUUUACAAGCUUGUAUUAAUAAGUUUAAUAUGUUAAAUGACAAGGUUUGGCUUGGAUUUACACCUCUUGCCUUAUUUUUGGAUAGAUUAGUAUAUAAAUAGAAGAAGCAUAAAAGUAGGAUUAUUAAAGAAUUGAAGGCUGCUCAAGAGACCAAUACGAAUAAAGGCGUUUAAGUAUUAGAGAUCUUAAGUCAAUCUGUAAUUAAUAUUAUUAAGCAUUUCAAUUUCAGUAAGUAUUUAUUGUAUUGUUAAAACAUCAAAAAGGAUAACUUUUAUGAAGAUUUCAAAAAAGUGAAGCUCAAAAAACCAUUUUAAUUGUAAUAAUAGAAAAAUAAGUAAAUUAUAGAAUGGGAUCAUUUUUAUUAUUAACACACAGUUCCAGCUAUGAUUCUGUGUAAAUUAGAUGAAUCAAUUCAAGAAUUAAUAUGGUAGUAAUUUGAUUGGAUAAAUUGGUUAUGUAGUAAAUAAAAUUAUCCCUAUGAAACAUAUUACAAUUAAACAUUAAUGGUUUCAAUAGCUAAAACGACUUAAACUCAAUAUAUUUAUUAAUAUCUAACAAAAGAUGUCUAAAUUACUUAUAAAGAUAACGAUAAUUUUAGUGGAGAUAAAAACAACACUUUUGAUUUUUUGCCACUCUUCUAAUCUAUUUAUUAAAUAGCAGAAAUAACCACAAAACUAAAAGAUGAUAUCCAAAAGAAAUAUAAGGGAAUAUAAGAUAUUAAUAAAAAGAAAGAAGAUGAGGAUGAUAAUCCUAAGAAAAAAAUAAAAUUGAUGUAUCAAAAUCUUACCUAAUAAAAAUACUAAUAAGUAUUGGAUUAAUUAAUGUAAGAAUAACAAUCUACAGAGGGAAUGCUAUAAAACAACUUUAAAUAUUAAGGUGUAGUUAAUGAUUUGAUGGUUGCCAAGAGUCUAAACUUUGGAAAACUCUUUAGAAAAGCUUACGAUUCUAAAUUCCAUGAUAUGUUGAAUUUCGUAGAUAUUUUAUUAAAGGCAUUGAGUCACAAUAAUAUGCCAGCUGCUCAUAUGGCCUUAUUCUUUGCUUAAUUAAGAAUGAACAAGAGCCAAAGAGUAGCUCAAUUAAAGACCAAUCAAUAAAUAUAUUUACAAUCAUUAAAUACACAUUGGUGUAUUGAAUUAGAUUUUCCAUAAUUCUAGGCUAUGAUUAAUGAUAUUAAAGACAUCUGUUAAUAAAAUGAAGUCAACUUUGUGAUUUUGAUUUUAGCAAUGAAUGGGAGAUUCAAUAAAUUAAAAUUGAUCCAAGAUAGAAUGACCAAUCAAAAUUAUAUUAUUUAAGCCCUACCUAUAGCGGCUCAUCAGAUCAACACAGUUAGAAAUGCACUAUAUUAUGAAAACUUAAAUAAGCUAUUAUAGGAAUGUGAUGUAAAGAGACUUUACCCUGAAGACAAUCUUGAUUUCUUUAAACCCCCAAAGGAAAAGGAAAAACCAAAACCAGAUCCGAAAAAACCUUUUGAUAAAGCAAAGCCAGUUUUUCAAAAGUGGAUAAUCGUUUAAGGAGCAUUAGUAUAUAUAAUAAUUAUUACCAAAGACUACCCAAUUAUAAUAGAUAUAUAAAUAUGCAGCCAAUAGCUUCUAGAGAGUUAAAUCGGAAUUCUCCAUUCUAGCCAAAUAAUAUUAAUAAUUAUGGUUCUAGGAAUACUCCUAUAAAUUAAGAAGAUUAUUCCCUAGAUAAAAUUUUAGAUCUGUCUUUUAUUCUUCAAAGUAGAAGGAAUCUGACUUUGUAAAAACUAUAGAAUUACUAAUUGAAAAAGUGCUCUAAUUAAAAUUGACACCUUCAGACGAUUUCUUCAAUUAUGUUCAUGUUCAUGAUAAGUUUAGUGAAUUGCUAUCCUAAUCUCCCAAUUAGAACAUUUGUAUUGUUUAGGCAUUUAAAUCAAUGAUCAAUCUUUUCAAAUAUGAGUAGUCAAGUGAAGUCUUAUCAAGAUGUAUCAAUUUCUUAAAGAAAUACUUAAAUUCCAAAAUAUUUAAAGAUUUGAAUGAGCCUGACACAUUUAAUAGAGAAAGUCAAUUAUUAACAAAUUACUUAUCAAAAAGUGAUCCAUUAUCCACUCAAUGUAAAUUCGCAUGCGAGGUUUUAAUUCUGAUGGAUUAAAAUUUUACUACUUAAGAAUUCGAGACCCUAAAUAUCAUCUAAUAACCAUAAUAAUUAGCAAGUCUAUUAUUGAAGUACAAAACUUUAGAAAAAAGAACCUUAGGUUUUAUCUAAAAAUACUUAAAUUCUAGUAAUAACUAAGCUAAGUAAGCCUUGUCUUUCAAUGAAUCAAACAUGAGAUAUAUUGUAGAUUUGGCAAAGUAAGGAAUAAACUUGAUAAAUGAGAAUGCUUUGGAGUUCUUUAUUACAAAAGGGUUGUUCAAUUAUUUAAAAGAUUACUUCUUAAGUUCAUUGAAACCUAAGGGAAUGCUAAAUGAUGACUAAAAGUAGUUUUAUUUGGGAUUUGCAUUUUCAAGUGGUUCUUAGGAGACGAUUCAAUUAUGUUUAGAAGAUCUGUGUAGCCUAAAGAAUAGUGAAUUGAAGUAAUUUAUGCUAGAAGGCAAUUUAUUGGGUCGAGCAAUUGCAAAAGGAUCUCAGGAGACCUUAUUAUAUAUUACCAGAAAGAUAAUGAAAUAAUUGACUUUCAGUGGUAAAGAGAUUAUGAAGUUAUUACUAAUUUAAGAUAACUUUGCUGAGCCAUUUUAAUCAGACAAAUAUAAGAGAUCAUUAUUCACAACAAUAUUCUUAUUGAAUUAUGAUAUUUUUUAUAAAGAAUUUUUUGUGGAUUAUCUAUAGAAGAUUCUACCUUAAGAUUACAAAAAUAUUAUGAUAAAGAUAUUAAAUGCUACAGUGUGUAAAUUGGAUGAAAAUAAUAGUUGGACUGUAUUUUAAUUAGCUAUCAAUUGUGGAUUCUUUGAUGUAAUAUAAACAGUGCUAUAAUUGAAUAUCAAUAUAGAUCAAGAAGAUUUAAAAGAUAUUUCAAUAAGCAAUUUGCCUUAGAAAUGGCUUUUUUAGACUCCACAACAAUUGGAGAAUUUAUUGAAAUAGGAACACUAUAAAUAAUUAUAUAAAUAAUCAGCAUUAAGAUUGUACAGGAUUUGCAAAUACCAUUUGUGUCGACAAGAGAAAUUAAGAGAGUUGGAAAUCUGCUUAAAUUUAGCUCCUUUGUAUAAUAAGAUUGGUCUUUCAUUAUAGAGUCAGGAUCCAAUCAUUAAUAUUAUCAUGAAUCAACAGAUAGACCCAGCAAAGUAACCUUUGAUUUAUCUAUUAAAAUUACAUUUGGAUUAAGUAGAUAAAACCAAUUCAUUUAUUUUGGUGGAAAGUUUUUGCGAUAAGCAUCCUUAGAUAACUCAUGAUAAGAUAUACACACAAUUGAUUAAAAACAGAGAGGCUUAUGAAUUAUUAAGAAUCUAUUACCCAGAGUAAAAUGAACCUGGAAAUGCUAACUUUGAUUUUGAUCUUCCUUAUAGUGACAAUAUUGUGAAGGAAUACUUGUUAUUAUAAGAUCCUCAUCAAUUUUUGAGAUUUAUCACAACCAAUUAAUAAUUAGUAUUUUCACUAAGAGUAUUAUAUGAUAAAAACGACGAUUUGGAUAAAUUCUACAAUGCUUUAACAGAACCUCAACAUCUAAUAGUUUGUGGUUUAUUAUUAUUGAUUUUGAAUCCAAACAAACAUACAGAAGUUGUUCAUAGUAAAUUUAAAUAGGCUUUUGAACUUAGAGAUGAUCCAUCUGCCUCUCAAGUUACAAAUAUCUUCAGAGGAAUAUUGAGAUACUUUGAAACAAUAGAAUAAACAUUUGUCUUCUUCUUUUCCUUAAUCCAAUCAUUAAUGAAUAAUCAAAUAUAUUAACAACUUAUCUAAAUUAAACCUAUAGGAGAUAUGAAUAGUUAAAUAAGUUCUGAAAAAUAGUUUUUGGAAGACAUUAAAGAUGCAUUGAUCUAUAACACAUUUACACUUUAGGAUAAUGUUUGGGGUUAAAUCUUGGGAUAAAGUACAAAGGUAUCACAUGCACUUCAGUCUGACAAAUGGUUCCAUGGAGUAAUAUUAUUAAUUCUAUCCUAGUUAUGUUUAAUAAAAUCAUUAUUACAUGUAUGUUAUUAAGCAGAAACCAUUAUUCAUGAAAUAUAUACACUGAGCAAAUUAGAUGAUUUCAUAUCAACUGAUUUUUGGGGAAUUCAAACUGCAAACAUAGAAAUAAGAGCAGAAUUACAUCCAGCUGAAUAGGUUGCUUAACAUAAAGUUAUUGUAUUUAAGCAAUCCGAAAAUAAUACUUGGAAAAUCAAAUAUCCUUUGGGAAUGGUUAAAGGUAAUAUUGUUAAUUGCAUAUUAGAUACACAGUUUAUAUAUCCUUCCAUAUUAUCCUCAUAGAAAGGAACUGAACAUGCAAAAAAUCAACUCAUUUAAUAAGUCUAUGAAUAAACUAAAUAUGAUAUUCUACCUAGAAUUGAUAAUUUCACCAUUGAAGGCUAUUCUCAUGAAAAUAUUCAACAAUUAAUCAGAGAAACUCAUGAUAAUAUUACUAUAACAGUAAAUCCCUACACAUUUCAAGGCGAUUCAAUUUAGUAUAAUGGAAAAUAACUAACAUCUAAUUAUUUAACAAAGCGAAAGAAUAAGAAAGAACUUAUUAUGAUACCAAUAACCAAUCAAAUUACUAUUCAAGUUGUUUCUAAAGAUGAAUUUAUAAGAAGAGAAAAGUAUUCCUUUUUAUUCAACUAAAUCAUUGAAGACUCAUCAACUAAAUAUUGGACAUAUUAAAUAGAUAAGGAAAGCGUUUCAUCAAUUAAAGAUGAUUAAAUUAUUAUGGAAUUAUAUGAAAUGACUAAGGAUAGAUUAGGAUAUCAUAUUUAAUUCUAAUCCUUUGUUGAAUGCUACUUCAACAAAUUAGCUAAUGGACUUGAAAAAGCAACAAAAAAAUGUAAUUUUUAAUUAAUAUUUAAGCUAUAUCUCCUAAAAUGUGUAUUGACAUAGGCUUAUAAUGGGAUAUGCUAACCAAAGUGACCAAACAUAUUGCUUCAUAUAUUAAAUUUACAGAGAAUAUUUGCUUUGAAAUGGCUGAAAUAGAUCAAAGAAAAGUAAUAAAUACAGUAUUUAUUAUUAGUCAAUUAAUAUUAAAUUGGAAGGUUUUGAUUCUAUCUUUAGAUUUGGUUAAGCUGAACUAUCAGUAGCUAAUAAUAUCAUAGUCAUCAAACUAAAUAUUGCAAUGAUGACCAAUGGGAACUAUUAACAAUUAUUGCAAACACAAAAUAGAUCCAAAUUAAACAACAGUGAAAUCAAAGAGUCUGUAGAUAUUUAGGUAUUAUUAUUAUAUAUCUAAAUUAGUAAUAUUUACUGUCUAUUUUUAAUGAAUAAUAAUUGUCACAAUUAUGA